UGACCCACUCACUGCGUCCACUGUGCCAACAAUGAUCGAUCGUACUACAAGCAGCCAGCAGUUGAGCAGAAGAGCGAGUCAGCAAGCGGGGUAAAAAGUGAAACUACAUCGAUCGAGUGAUGAACCACAGUCCAAACCGUCCAAAUGUUAAGAUAAUAAACAUUCCGUAGAAAAUCCUUGCCCGUGUUGUGUGUGCCGCCAGUUUGAUCGUGUGAUGUACAAACUCCCCCGAAGAAAGUAGCAAACAGAACCUGCAUUGCAGCAGCGAAAUGGUUCUACGUUUUAGGCUGUAUGUUGUGCGCUUUUGAAGGUUUCUAGUUUCUGCUUUGCAGCAGCCAAACAUUAAAGAAAGCUGCGAAAGGUGUAGGAAGCAACGUAUUUCCAAAACAGACUUUGGUGUUCAGUUGAUCUUGGAUUUGGAAAGAAACCUUCGAAAAGUGCCCCAACCUCGCAACCAUCAUGAGCCUUAAAACACGCAGCAUCGUGUUUGUAACGUUCUUCACUAGCUGCCUGAUCGUAGGACUGCUCGUAGCCAGUCUCACCACCAACAACUGGAUACAGGGCAGUGCGAAGCGGCGAAAUUUUACCGAAUCUAGCGGGCAAAUCAAUUUCGGACUAUUCUCCGGCCAUCGACGAUUGAACGUUGGGUUUGGGUUGCGAGAUUACAAAAUCGAUGUCCCGGCAAUGAUACGCAACGAACCGGACGUGAUGAGCUAUUGGCUAUGGCUUGGUUCAGCCCUCGGUACCGGAUUCGGUAUCCUGGGAGGCGUGAUCACAGCAAUCGCUUCGGUACUGAAGUCCGCAUCCGCGUCCAAGAAGACCGGUACUAUGGUGGUGUUGUUGGUUAGCAACCUGUUCACCGGAUUUUCCCAAACAAUAGCUCUCGUAUGUUGGCUGGUACAGUUCUUUAACUACCUGACACACAAUGUGCUGCUGGCCGAGGAUCGUAACAACAACUGGUACAGCACGGGGCUGACGAUGCUUGGCUCCAGCUUCUACUUCAUCCCUGCCGGUAUCGUGUUAGUAGUGCUGAAUCUGAUCCUGCUCAUUGCCGCAACACGGCUUGAACACCGCGAGAGGAAAAAGUUUCUAAACCCUCCUGCGGACGACAAAACGCAAGGAGCUAUCAUGCUGUACUGAAGGGGCUCAUGAUGGCUCAAUCUUUUAUUCCUCUCCUCCUCUAAUACUCAAACAAAAUGCUAUCAACUACGCGCCAAACGAUACGCGUAAUUUACAAAGUUACGUGAAAGUUAAAUGCAUUGUCCAGAAGUGUAUGUAUUUGCGGUUCUUACGUCAUGCCAUAAGCUGAACUAAAGAGACAUUAUGAAUUCAUACCACGUGAAAAGGGGGUAGUUUAGCGCGUCAGCCUCAUAGAACAACCCGUUUUUAGUACCGUUUUUAAUUUACCAUACCGGGCAUGACCUGGUUUUAAGCUAAGUAAGAUGUAGUAUAUAGAUAAAAGUAAGUUUUUUUUACCACUGAAUUGAACGAAAUAUGAAACAUUUCAAUAAUUAAUACAUACAUGAAUGAAAAUGAAAUAAUUCCCUCCUUACAAAUUAUGAAAUAAAUGGAAAUAUUGUUUAAAUCGCUUUGUAAAUCUUUGCAAA